UUUGUCAAUUCAAUGACUUACAAAGAAAAACAAAGAAAGAUGACUUUUUGAACUGUCUUCAAUCAUGAUCGUAGAAAGAAAAACAAAGAAGAUGGCACUUAGAUUCUGUCGUGUUACUCGCCUCAAAUCUUUCAAAACAUUUCCUUUCCAGAUAAUUGCGACAUCUGUUGGGUACUUUUCUUCUCUUCCAUGUGGGAUUGGGUCGAACUGUGGAGCUGAGAAAGGGGCAGAUUGUAGCAGCUUCAAAACAUUUGAAGAUGGCUCUGUUCGGCAAACUUCAAAUGAGAAGCAUUAAAAUAUGGGUUUUGGGAAGAACCCAUGAACGUCAAGUGGCUCCCCUGCUUUGGAAUCACUGUACAGAGACUAGACCUUUAGUGUCAAACUUUCCUGCUUCUGCUUUCAUUAUUGUCUGUACUUCAUUGCAGUGAAUUUGGGGUUAUGGGUUUUGGUUUUCGAGUAAGAAUGUAUGAUAAUUUGUUGGGUUGAUGUGAGAAAAUGGCGGAGAGUGUAGAAACAGGGAGGUCUCUGGCCGAGACUCCAACCUGGUCAGUUGCGUCUGUGACAACUGUGAUGGUUGUGGGCUGCUUCUUGGUUGAGCGAUCCGUUUACAGGUUGGGAAAGUGGUUGCAGAGGACGAGGAGGAAGGCUCUUCUUGCUUCUCUGGAGAAGAUUAAGGAAGAGCUAAUGCUGCUUGGGCUUAUAUCUCUGAUGUUGGGGCAAUGGGCAAGGUGGAUUUCUAGGAUUUGUGUUGAUUCAAAACUUUUCAAUAGUCGAUUCUUCCUCUGUUCAGAGGAGGAUUAUUUGAACAUUGAAAUUAUAAAUGCAUAUUCUUCUUCGAAUCUGACGGAUUUUCCUCCAAGAGAAAUCGACAAUACCUCUUCCUCUAAUCAAUGUGGUGAGGGUCGCGAACCGUUUGUUUCGUAUGAAGGUCUUGAGCAGCUCCAUCUUUUCCUGUUUGUUCUUGGGAUCACUCAUGUGUUGUAUAGCUGUGUUACUGUGGGUUUGGCAAUGGUCAAGAUUUACAGCUGGAGGACAUGGGAAAACCAUGCAAGGUCGGUGCCUGAGGGAAAUUUGCAAGUCAACAUUGGUUUUAUAGCAAUAAGGAACAAGGUGAUGAGGCGGCAGACCACUUUUGUCUUUCAUCACACAUCCCAUCCAUGGAGCAGGAGCCGGGUCCUCAUUUGGAUGCUUUGCUUUUUACGUCAGUUCAAGAGUUCUAUAGAGAAGUCUGAUUACAUGGCACUACGCUUGGGUUUUAUCAAUAAUCACAAUCUGCCACUUUCGUAUGAUUUUCAUAAAUACAUGGUCCGGAGCAUGGACGAUGAGUUUCAUGGGAUAGUAGGUAUCAGCUGGCCUUUGUGGGGUUAUGCUAUACUGUCCAUCUUCAUAAAUAUACAUGGGCUCAAUAUCUACUUCUGGCUUUCCUUUAUCCCUGCUAUUCUCGUAAUGUUGGUGGGUACAAAACUCCAACAUGUUGUCUCCCUAUUAGCUCUUGAAAUUUCUGAAUCAACGGAUCCUGCUGCCACAGCACAAGUAAAGCCACAUGAUGAUCUCUUUUGGUUUGGAAAACCAGAUAUUCUGUUAUGGUUGAUUCACUUCAUCUCCUUUCAGAAUGCGUUUGAAAUGGCAUCUUUUAUCUGGUCCUUGUGGGGGUUCCAGCAACGAUCAUGCUUCAUGAAGAACCAUGUUAUGAUUGUCAUUCGCUUAGCUUCUGGGCUACUUGUUCAGCUCUGGUGUAGCUCUUGUACAGUGCCUCUAAAUGUAAUUGUCACCCAGAUGGGAUCCAAGUUUAAGAAAGCCUUGAUUGCAGAGGGUGUUAGAGAGUCGCUCCAUAGUUGGUGUAAAAGAGUGAAAGAGAGGUCUAAACAUUCACAUCCCGGGAUGGCAAGAUCGACAUGUUCUCUCGAUUCAACAUAUGAGGAGAGGGAUGAAAUAAUUGCAGUUGGUUCAGGUACUUUAUCUCAUAGCACUUCCGCAGCUUCACUGAAUCAGGAGAUCACAGAAUGUGCAGAAAAGCAAGCGACGGUUGAGAUACUUGAUGAUCCCCAAUUUGAUCAUCCCUCCCGAGUUUAUGCUUAUUCAUCUGAAUCACCAAGUGAAAUAUCGUUCCAACUUCCUACUGACAGCCCAGAACAAAUUGCAGCCAAUGAAGGCUGCAAUGCUACUACCCUUGUUGAUUUAUUUCAAAGAACAUGAAAUAUUGGACCACCUUGAGUUGUUUCCACUCCUUGUGUUAGGGAGAUAACCAUAUGUACAAUAGCCACAUAGUUUAGGUGUAAAAACUUCAGACCUCAGUUCUAACAGGUCUUGCAAAUUUAGAUUUUCUAACUGGAUAAUAAGUUCAACCA